ACAGGAAGGUUGCUGCCUUAUACACAGUAUUUCAACUUGUGAGGGAGAUGAAACACUGAUCUUGUCACAUGAAAGAAUAGCAUUACUCAAGAUGGAGAAGGUUCUGGACAACAUAGUUGCCAUGGUGAAGCAGCACCCAGCUGGGAUCCCCCUGAAAAAUCUUGCUGUAUUCUACAACCAGACAUACCACAGGAACCUGACUUUAUCCUCCUUGGGCUUCGACUCCAUGGCUAGCCUGGUAGCCUCUCUGGAUAGGGAUCUGGUUGUGGAGGGGAAACUUGUGUUUCACAGAAACCAUCAUUGUGCAAAGCAGGCUGGAGCUGGGACAUCAACAAAAGCUACAGAGGACACCAGUACUGUAGAGGUUUUGGAAAGUAUAGUGGCCAUGAUGAAGAAGUACUCUGCUGGGAUCCCCCUGAAAAAGCUGGCUGUCACUUACAGCCAGACAUACCACAAGAACCUGACUUUAUCCUCCCUGGGCUUCGAUUCCAUGGCUAGCCUGGUAGCCUCUCUGGAUAGGGAUCUGGUUGUGGAGGGGGAACUGGUGUUUCACAAAAGCCACCAUCAUGCGAGGCAGGCUGUAGCUGGGGCAUCAACAAAAGCUACAGAGGACAGCAAGAAUAUGGAUGUUUUGCAGAAUAUAGUGGCCAUGGUGAAGCAGCAUUCUGAAGGGGUCCCCCUGAAAAAGCUGGCUGUAAUUUACGGCCAGACAUACCACAGUAACCUGACUUUAUCCUUGUUGGGCUUCAACUCCAUGACUAACCUGGUAGCCUCUCUGGAUAGGCAUCUGGUUGUGGAAGGGGAACUGGUGUUUCACAAGGACCAUUGCCGUGAAGGUUGGGCUGCAGCUGAAGCUGGAGCAUCGGCAAAAUCUACAGAAGACAAGGAGAGGAUUGAAAAGGUGCUGGGUAAUAUUGUGGCUAUGAUGAAAGAACAUCCAGAUGGGAUUCCUCUGAAGAUGGUGGCUAUAGUCUACAGCCAGAAAUACCGCCACAAUCUGACCUUAGCUUCACUGGGCUUCAGCACGAUUUCCUCCCUUGUAGCAUCUUUGAAAGGAGAUCUAGUCAUGAGAGGGGAAGUGUUGUUCCACAGGAUCCACCAGCCUCCAAGUCAGCCUGUAGCUGGGAAGUCAGCGAAAGUUACAGAGAACAGCACGACUUCAACACCACAGAGGGGCGAAUCACUUAUCGCUACCCCUACUGUUCCAGCCAGCCCUCACUGUGCGCCUCCCACGCAGGCAGGAAUUGACCAUUUAUGUCCUCCUUUGACUUCCACAGCCUCUUUAUUCUCUACCUACUGUCUGCCUGUUAACACAUUCUUCACUGCGUCCAAGCCACCUGAGAAACUGACCCAACAACAGCUGUACCAAAGGGUAUUAGAGGUGAUAUCGAAGUACCAGUUGAGUGCUCCAUCAAUGCAGCAGCUCCAAACCUGCUAUGCUGAACAGUUUGGUGAACAGCUUCCUCUUGCGCAGUACAUGUCUCUGUAUGACAACUGGAAAGCAUCGAACCCUAAGACGCUGCCCACUCAACCUGAAUCAACAGAAGAUCCCAAGACUGUUGUAUUGGAGGCAACUGCAGCAGCACAGGAUCUCACGAGAGAGCCUGAAAAAGAGCAGCAGCAACAACAACAGGCCGCUGUGCCCAGCUUCCUCUCUGGCUCUGACUUUCCAGUGCUUGGGGCAGGUGCGAGCUUGACCAAAGAGCAGAAGAGCAAAAUUAGAGGUGCGACAGCAAGAGCGGGCUCUUCCCCUGUGUUUAGAGAGGCUUAUUGUGCCCAGCUGAGAGAGGUCCACGGCGCUAAUAUGCGGGCACUUGAGGCUAUGGAGGAGGAUGAGGAGGAUCUCACAGGGAGGAGGAGGAAAAGAGUCCUCGAUCAGGACGUGGUCAACAGUCUGAUGGAAGAUGUGAUACGAGACAUUGCUGCAGAAGGAGAGCUGGUCACCAAAGAGAAGGUGAUAUCCAGGGUGUGCGAGCUGUUGCAGGUUCCCUCUUUAGAAGCAGGAAGGAUAAAACCUUGGAUGACUCCGGCUCUCAAAGAUCUUCAGUACCUCAUGAGAGAGGUCAACAUGUUCAUAGAGUCUACUGAAGCAGUGACAUCCAUCUGCACCCUGUAUGAGCUGGGCCAAUCACUAGCCGGCCUGAAGGACAAGAAGCACUAUGAGGAGCUAAAUCUGGGGCCCCUCUGCAAACUACCUCUUGUCCACCGCAUGUUCAAGAUUGACAGUAACACAAAGGAUGACGACAUCCACCAGAUCGAGACAAUAGACAUCUUAAAGCAACUUCGCAUUUUCCGGAAGCAGCUGAACAAGCCGAAAGUAGACCUGCCUGAGUUCAUGAAGUAUCUGUCUGACCAGUACAACUGUGACUCUCCCUACGAGCUGGGUGUCAGGAUACACAGCAUCGGGCUGCCCAUAGCAACCUUAAGCAAGGUGAGUCGCUCUGAGCACAUCAUCAUGGAGCGAGCCAGGGAGGUCAUCCUCAAAGAGCUGGAGGAGGAGGCCGACGAGCAGCUGAGGAAGAUGAAGAAGAGCGUGUUAGAGCCAUUUCAAGGCGCAGGUUCCUUCUCCUCCACAGGCAGCUUGGACCUCAGGAAAAAGUACGCUUCCCUGCCGGCGGCCGAGCUCGUGCUGGCAGUCUUCUCAAACGCAGAGGAGGUGUUCACUUCUAAGAUGGCCAUGCAUGUCCAGAACUUCCUGCUGCAGGUGUCACAUAACCGACUGGCCAAGGCUCUGUUUCAGUUGGCCAUCUGCGGCGGCUCCCUUGCUGUCCCACAGGACCUGGUGCCUAAAGACAAGACAUCCAAAAUCACAGAACAAACUAAAGCAGAGGACAAAGCCACCACAUCCCUCCCCAGUGAAGCCAAAGUGAAGCAGUACCUUAAAGACAGCCUGUCCUCUCAGAACUCAGCCUUCACACUGGCCCACAUGGCCUCUUUGGAGAAGAAGUUGAGCAAACACUUCCAAGUCAAAGAUUUCCUGUCUUUAGAGCAGGGCAACUUUCUGGACUUCCUGGUUAAAAACAAUCAGCUGCUGCAGGAGACACUGGGGUCUACUAUUAUUCUGGGCAGUGGCAUCAUGGAACUUGCAGGCAGUGGUUUUAGACCCACCAGACAGGAUGUGUUUGAGUUCAUCAACCAGUGUGGCGACAUAACCUCCACUAAUCCUGAGGAACUGUCCCACAUUGAGUCAGCACUGAGGUCCCACUACAGGGUGCGAGACAGUCGUGAACUAGGCUACGGCACUCUGCACAUGCUGGCUGGCCUGGUCCAGCGCCAGAGAGGGCUGGCUGAAGGAGGACUGAGCCCGGUUUACUAUGAGUCAGCCCUGUUCGCCAAAUACUGCAAAUCAAGUGCUGAAGGUGGGUGUGAGGCAGUGGGAUGCCUAGGUGAGAUGUCCAAGGCCCAGGCCCUGGCCAGCUUGCUCUCCUGCCCUCUGCUAGAGGAUUUAAGCGAGUGGAGCCAAUGGGAGUUGAACUUCAAACCCGGUCUUGGCUCCCUCAAAGAGUUUAUCGAAAGAAAUGCAGCUAAUACUGGCCUGGCAGCGUUGGAGGUGAUGCCAGGUUUGCUGCUCAGGAUCACCACACACACGGGGGACAAGCAUUUCUCGAGCGCUGCCAUGACCCUCGACCCCGUCGGCACAGCCGGCCACCUCGUGUCCAUCGUGGUGGCUGACGGCAUCGUCAAUGCUCCCACGGCCCUCUUGGCCAAUCACAUGCAGAGCUCCCUGGCAGCUGCUGUGGCGAAAGAAGAUCUGUCCCAGGCUGAAGAGGAUGUGUCAUGUUACAGCAGAGUGGCCAAAUUCCUCUUGGCGUGUUUGACACGAAUCCCCAUCAGAACGUGCCGGGCUCUUUUGCAGCAGGUGUUUUUGGAGCCUUUCUCCCGUGUCAUUGGCCAGGCCAAGUCUAAGCAGGUCCUGAUCACUGUGGCCCAGUCUGACUCGAAGCACAUGAACUGUCUGCACCGGCUGGGCAUCCUUCUGGGCAUCACAGACUGGGUCAAAGACUACCAGAAAAAGCUGAACCCUCCACAGAGCCAAAAUGGCAACAUGCACACAGCUCCUGUUGAACCAGCCAAGUCUAAUUUGAUAGAUUCUGAGAGCAGCAGUCUGUCGGCUCUAAAUAUGAGUGAAGAUGAAUAUCUUGAGGAUAACAUCAUGGACAACAGCUUUGCCUCUUCCCAUCUCAACCACAGCCUACAACAAGUCAACGGUGAGGAAGACGUAGAGGUUGAGGAGGGAGAGGAUGAAGAGGAACUGUAUGAGCUGACCUCACUGCCUAAUGGAGCAACAUCAGACGUCAGCAGUGAAGCUGAAGGCGGCCAGGGCGAGGAACAGCCAGAAAUGUCAGAUUCUGAUGAAAAAUAUGCUUCCAGCAGCCAAUCAGAGACCACAUUAGUCGUCCAAAGAGCCAUAAUUGAGGACAUCAGGAAGAGUGAGUUUGGUAUCGGUGUGGAAUUGACUGCUGAAGGCCAGAAGCUGAUGCAGGUCCACCAGGACAGGCUGGGCCGCAGCUUAGACCGCCUCUCCACCGAACUCUACAGCAAAGACACACACUUUGUGCUGGAGCUCAUUCAGAAUGCUGAUGACAACAGUUACCCAUCAGAGGCAGGUGUCGUUCCAGCGCUGGCCUUUGUGGUGGAGAGAGACUGCAUCACCGUUCUCAACAACGAGACCGGCUUCCAGGAGAGGAACAUCCGGGCCAUCUGUGAUGUGGGCUGCAGCACCAAGGGCAAACACAAAUAUGGAUACAUAGGACAAAAGGGCAUCGGCUUCAAGUCAGUUUUUAAAGUCACACACUAUCCUGAGAUUCACUCCAAUGGCUUUCACUUGCGCUUUGACAAGACCUGCGGCCCCAUGGGAUACAUCCUCCCCCACUGGGCUGAAGAUGAGAGGCCUCUGGACACACAGCUGAAGGACAUAAACCUGCACAGCUGGACCACUAAGAUCUGCCUUCCUCUGCACUCCGAAAGCCAUCAGACCAGGAACCUUUUCCAUGACGUCCAUCCCUCCCUGCUGCUCUUUCUGCACCGUCUGCGCUCCAUCACCAUCUACAAUCAGAGUGAGAAGCGUCUUGUGACGAUGACUCGUAAAGACCUGAGUCACAAUGUGUUAGAGGUGGAGCACACUGAGGGCAUUGAGCGCUGGCUAGUGGUCAGAACUGCGUUGCAGCCCAUGAAGAUCAAAGAGGACGUCGAGUCCACCGAGCUUGCCCUGGCUUUCCAGCUUGACAACAGCAACACAGAAAUUGGCAUUGUAUGUAAGCCACAGGCACAGCCUGUGUUUGCUUACCUGCCCCUUCGUAGCUUCGGCUUCCGCUUCAUCAUCCAAGGUGACUUUGACAUCCCUUCCUCUCGGGAAGAUGUUGACAGAGACAGCUCGUGGAACCAGUGGCUUCGAUCAGAGAUACCUCAACUCUUCCUCAAGGCCAUGGAUGUCUUCACUGAUCACUCAGAGUUCAGGGGGCUGAAGGGCCUCUGCCAGUUCCUGCAGUUUAUACCCCUGCCUGACGAGGUGUUCGACUUCUUCAAGCCUGUUGCCGGGCAGAUUAUUCAGAUGCUUAAGGGCAAGGCCUUCCUGCCUACACUCAGCUCAGAUGGUAAGGUUGUGUACAAGCUUCCGUCCCAAGUGGCUGUCUGUGAGGACGCUGUCAUCCGCAACGUGAUUCGCGCAGACGAGCUCGAAAGGCAUCUGUCUCUGUCUUACCUCCACCCGGGUUUGAGAAAUGCCACACCCACCUCCCUGCUCACUCACCUAGGAGUCCGAUUCCUGCGGGGAUCUGAUGUUUCGACAGUAACCACAGCCAUGGCCAAGGAGCUGAUGAGAGUGGAAGGCAUCCAUUCAGAUGGCAGCCUGCGUCAGCUGGCCAGGCUGCUGGUUUGCAACUUCCGAGCUCUAGAGCACGGCUAUGGCGAGGCAGACGCCAUCCUGCAGGCCCUCAGGGAUCUACCCAUAAUCCCCCUGGCUGACGGACAUGUGGUGGCACUAAGCAAGGAGGGAGUCUUCUUUCCAAUGGAGGAAAGCAAGACCAAAAAAAACAAAGCUCAAGCUCAGACAGGAGCUCUGGCUGCAUUAUACAAGGAUGUAAAUGUAGUUCACCCCUCUCUGCUGAGCUGUGUAGAGCCUCUGGAGAGUCAGCAGGUUCGAGAGCUGCUGAGAAGACUCGGUGUUCAUGAACUGGAGCCUCAAGAGCUGCUGGAGCAGCACAUCUACCCCUCAAUACAGAACAACAAAUGGAAGUCGAAGCCCGAGGCAGUGGUGGUGAGUUACUUGGUUUUCAUCAAGCUGUAUUCCUCGUCCAGCCAGUACUCCGACACUGCAGUACCCGUCCUCACCAACAGGGGUCUGCUGUGCCCGGUCAAUGAAAGAGUCCACUUUUCUGAAGAGUAUGGCAACAUCAACCUGGCAAAGAAACUGCCUGGCUGUGAUUGGAUCUUGCUGAGUCCCUGCUACGUGCAGACAGAUAGCGACGUAGCAGGAUGGAGAGAACUGUUCAGCAGACUGGGAGUCAGAGACGGUCUCAUCAUCCGGAAAGAGAGACAAACACUUACUGCCAAAGAACUGGCCUCUAGUCCCUGGUCAGUGGAAAGUGCAACUUGGUACCAAAAUGCGGGGGAGGGCUGUGUGCUGGAUGACUACCCCUGCGAGGAGUUUCAUGCCCUGGCCACAGCCCAGCUGCCUGGCUCCCUCCUCCUGCAGCAGAGGAUGGCCUUGCUGGAGCUGCUGGCGACCAACUGGGAUACUGGACACCGAUACUCUCAGUACCUCACCGCUCAAGUGGUCGACGGUGAUGGACAACAAAUCAAAAGCACCAAGUCCUCCUUCCACCACUACUUGUGUUUUCUGGGCUGGGUGCCAGCGUAUCGCCCACUGGAAGGAGGACAGCAAGAAAGACAGUACCUCCCUCCAAACUCAGUCUACCUGAGCUCACCUGAGGUCAUCCAUCUGCUGGGGACUCAUGUCUUCUAUGUGGACAUAAACCCCAGCGAGUUUAGCAGAGCUCUAGGAAUACAACAAAGUGUCUCAGUGGAUGCUCUGAUUAACUACCUGAAGGAGUGGUGUGUCAAACCAGAAGCAGACAACCAGGAGCAGAGAGUACCUGCGGACGGGUUGGAGGGAGCGAAUUUCACUUCCACAGUUCAGCACAUCCACAACGUCUACACUCACCUGCAUAUGAACUGUCCCCAGAGCAGCCUGAAGGAGCUCUUCCAGCACAACCCUGCUGUUUUCAUAGAGUACAGCAGGCGCAAUGAUGACUGGUGUUCCGGACGCUUCUACCACCUGAAGGAGGUGUGCUGGAGCGACCCGACGGCCAUGUUCCUGCGCUACAAGCACCUGACUCAUGGACCAGACAGCCCUGUACAGGAGCCCAAAAUCCUGGCUCCAUUCUACAACCCACUGGAAGGCAUGAGAGUCUUCUUCAUCAGACUGCUGAAUGUGGAUCCCAGUCCCAAUAUGAAUCAGUAUGUCGGUUUGUUGGAACUGAUCUGUUCAUCAUCUCCCAUACCAACUGCUGAAGUGCUACAGGAUGUGUCGGUGCUCUAUGCCAGACUUGCUCUGAAGUGUACCAUUCCAGUAUCUGGUGACCAGGAAAACACCCCUCAGCCCAAACUCGAUCAUAGUUACUGCUCCACCUUGAAGGGUAUGGUGUCUGAUAAGAAGGUCUUCCCCACAAAGGAUAACAGUUGGGUGAGUCUGGCACGCAAACCCAUGAUUCCUGACAACAAAGAGCUGGAGAAGAUCUUCAAACCACACAAGCAGGUCUGUCUGCUCAACCUGCCACCAGCAGAGAAGAAGACAGCUCGCAGGAGCAAGACUGGGAACUUUGUGCUGGGAGAACGAGCUAACACCGUGCCUGCCUUCAACGAGAAGGACCGAUCUUUGUUUCUGGAGAUCUGUGGGAUCCGCCAGCUGUCCCAGUGUGUCAAGACUGAGCCUCAGACUGAGAACCUGAGACCCUGUCCACCUUUGCAGGCCAUGGUGCGCUCGGUGAUACCCUACAUCCAGAGGUUCCUCUACCACCACGAUGAGCUGUGUGAGGUCUAUUCAGAGCUGAUUGACAUCAACAUUGGAGAGAAAAUCAAGCAACUUUACUUCGGACAGGUGGGUAAGCUGUACAUUCGCUACCAGCUGGACCUUGCUGACAGCGAGGUGGUGGAGGUGCAGGAUGCUAGCUGUCUUCUGAAGGACAAGAAGGAGCUUUACCUUCAGAAAGAUCACCUCUCAGCCAAGCUGGACAUCUGCAGGGAGCUGGUGAAGCUGUUCUGCACAGAGAGCAGCCACAGGAAAGAGCUGAGGGCUUUCCUGAGUGGCCUGAUAACGUCUCUCGGCGACUCGGGAUCCCUGAAGAGAUAUUUGCUCAAAGAGGACAUCAGAGAGCUCCCCAGUGAGGAGGAGCUGUGGGAGGUCCCGGAGCCCUCUAAACCAGAUAUUAACCUGGAGAGAGUGCUGUCAAGGAGUUACUCCUCCAUCAGCUCCCCCGAGGAGCCAUCUCGCCCUGCACAAGAGGUUGGGGAACCGACGCUGGUUUGCUGGCCUCCUCGAGCAUCCAUGCUGAAUGCAGGAGCCAGUCGCACAGGUCAUGGAGACAGUGGUGUGGUCGAUGCCGUCAUGAAGAUGUGGCCGCCUCCUGCUGCACCCAAAGACAGAGUCCCAGAGAAGGACGUCGCCCACAGAGAAAGCAGCCAGAGUCUGAGCAGCUGCUACGAGGCCAGCCAGCCCCCCAGAAGCAGCAGGCCUACAGACCAGCCCGGCCCUCAGAGAGUCCAACCAGGCCAACCUAACCCCACUGCUGUGUCCUCUAACACACCACGACCUCCAGAGCGCAGUCAGCAGAGUGAGACCACUGAGUCUGACAGAGCCGAGGAUGGAGAGGAAAGCACAGCUCCCAGACCUCCAUCUGCACAGCCUGCUGAGACAGCCAGAGACCAGCCGGCUCCAAACAGCCUCGUCGUCCCCGAGGCUGUAGUGCUUUCCAGUACGUUCCAGGGGACUGCAGCCACUGCGGAGACUCAGCGUCCUCCUCUGAACCUGGACUUCCCUCACUGGAACACGCAGACCACACUGGAGGACAUGGAGCUCACCUGCCAGAGACCAACCACCGUGGUGUUGUCCGACGACGUGAUGGACCUGGCAGCGAUCGGUGAGUGGGGGGAGCAGCUGGUCAACUCCUUCCUGUGCAACUGGAGAGACGGCGGCGAGCCCGGACGACCCACACACGUCCUGUGGUGCAACCAGGACGGAGAGAGCGGCCAGCCCUACGACUUUAGGCUCACUUUUGCACCCGCGGUAGGGCAGAGGGUGGUGUACGUGGAGGUGAAAUCAACCAUAAAGAAAGAGAAGUCAUUCAUCCACCUCUCUGCCAAUGAGCUGGACUUUGCACUGAAAGAGAAAGAGCGCUAUCACAUAUUCAGAGUGUACAGCGCAGGAGACGCCCAGAAUGUUCGCCUGUGUCGCAUUCAGAACCUGGCGCAGCAUCUCCACACAAAAGACGUGCCACUUUACCUGUUUCUGUAAGGCCUUUGUCUGUUUGUGGCUGUAUUUGCACUAUAUUAACCCACAAUGGCAGGCCAAAACAGUCAUCGGCCUUUACAAGAUCAUCCUAACUGCACUGAUUUUAGUUCUUUUAAAUGUUUUUCUUAGUGUGUUAUUUUGCCUUCUAAUGAGAAAAAUGUACACAUUCCUGUUUCAUUUUAUUUUCAAAAUAUUCCUGUUGCCACUACACACUGUUUUCCAGUAAAUGUACAAUUUUAAAAUGGUUCGUGGACAUACUGAAUGUCUUUUACCUUUUUUUAUUCCCCCUACCUCACCUUUACUCUGGCAUUCCUUUGAAAUAAAAUGCUUUUCUG